AUGCGCGACCCGCACGUCGUCUUGGGCGUCGACGCCGACGCCGAUGCCGAGGUCGUCAAGCGCGCGUUUCGCGCCAAGGCGAUGACCUUACAUCCCGACGUCGCCGGCGCCAGCGCGUGCGAGGAUAAGUUUAAGGAGCUUCGCACGGCGUACGACGUCAUGUUGAAAAAACUCGGUUCGGCACCGGACGCCUCGGCGGACGCGUACGGACCGGGGAUGCGGGCUCGAAUGGACGCCGCGCGAGCGUGGCGAGAGCGCGCGGGGCUGUCGUCGAGCGAACCGAUGGCGAGCGCGCGGGAGCGGAGCGAGCAGAGGAACGCGCCGAAAGCGCGAGGCGCGGCGUUCGAUGACGAGGCAAAGAAAACGCUUGAUGAGCUCUUGGAGGAGCGUAGACGGGCGAUGCGAGCGAAUACAAUGUCCAGUGGGUUUGUCGAACGGGCGGGCGGGCGGGGAGGGAUGUUGUCGGGUCGAAUAGGUUGGUCGUCUUCGGCGCCGUUGGGUUGGCGGUUGCCGUCGUUUCGCGCGAAGGGUGCUUCACAUUCAAGAGGAGAAGCGGCGCGCGAGCGAAGCGGCGUGAACGUCAGUAGUUUGCAUUAUUUACACUAG